AUGGUCACCUCCAACGCCCCCUUCAGGCCGUCACCCUUAUCGUUUGGCUCCCCUCGAACCUCUCCAUUCCGCCGCCCCUCCACCCCCAACUCGCCUCCGCAAGGCCGUUCCAGCCCACCCGGCAGCUCUCCCAACCGCGGUUACACUCCAGUCCAGUCUCCCAGCAAACUGAAGGAAUCAUACACCGUCGAGGAAGAUGACACCACAUCACCUAAGAGCAAACCCAGAAGCCCCAUACCACAGCCUCGAUUUACGCGAGACGCCCCCUCUUCGCCAACGAGGGGUGCCCAUUCCCCAGAUCCGUCGUCAUCGUUGAUGGAAGCAAAGGCCACGAACAUGAUGGCAGCAUCGUCCGACGCGGCAGCCAAACUAUCCCCCGCCCAGCUGCGGGAAAUCCGGGAGGCGUUCCAGGUCCUGGACCGAGACAAUGAUGGGUUGGUGGACAAGGAGGAUGUCGCAGAUGUCCUUACGAACGUGGGCCAAGACCCCACAGCUCUUUCCAGAUUCUUUCCUCUGGGAGGUCCCCAAACCAUCAAUUUCCCCACCUUUCUCAAUACCCUUUCGCAGCUCCUCGCCCCCCUUUCAUCCCGCCAAGAGCUCAUGAACGCCCUAGCGGCCUUUGACGAGGACGAUAGCGGUCAGAUCGAUGUGGACGAGCUGCGCGAUGCCCUACUACAUACGGCGACCGAGGAGGGGGAUUUGCCGCUGAGCGACCGGGAAAUCAAUGAUGUGCUGAGUGGAUUUACGGGGCGCAGAGCGUUUGGAGGGAAAGGGGCUCGAGUGACGGGCGGAGGCAAGAGAGGGGAGGUGUUCCGAUACCAGGAUUUUGUGAGUGGGAUCAUGGGAGGGACCGAGAAUGGACAGGCGAAUCGACGCGGCGCCUGA